CUUUCCCAGUACUACAAAUCUAGAAGUAGCAACAAAGUUGGCAAAAAGGCUGCCAUACUUCUCCCGUAGCCCAUCUUCCUCGAUCUCCCAGCAGAAGAUCAGAGAGAGAAAAAAGAGCUGAAGGCAUGGCUGCCAGCUACACCUGCUCCACAUCUUUUUUGUUACUUCCAUCUUUUCUUAUCCUCCUCCUAAUUCUCUUCCUCUUCUUCUCCUCUUCCUUAAACGAAUACCAUUCCACUCUCUCUCUUUCUUCUUUCACAUCUUCCAGUCAUAGAAAAACCAGACACACAGCCCCAGAUGUAGUUCUCUCAAUUUCUAUGAAUAAAAGCAGUACACACAAGGCUAGUAGUAGUACCAAAAUAAGCAACAAGAAAAGUAGUUUAAAGAGAAAUGAAGAAGAUUUAGCUAGAGCAAGGGCAGCGAUACGCGAAGCAGUCCGGUCAAGGAAAUAUUAUACGUCUCAGAAGAAAGAGACUUUUAUCCCUAGAGGCUCCGUUUACAGAAAUCCAUAUGCUUUUCACCAGAGCCACGUAGAGAUGGUGAAGAGGUUCAGGGUGUGGAGCUACAGCGAAGGAGAGCAGCCAUUAGUCCACAUUGGGCCAGUAAACGACAUAUACGCCAUAGAAGGGCAUUUCAUCGAGGAAAUAGAAAGCCAGCAAAGCCCCUGCAGGGCUACCCAUCCUGAAGAGGCGCACGUAUUUUUCCUGCCCCUAAGCGUAGCCAACAUUGUUAACUAUGUUUAUCAGCCUAUCACCUCCAUAUCUGACUUCAAUCGUGAUCGCCUGCAACGGAUUGUAACGGACUACAUUCAGAUCCUCGCAGAUAAGCAUCCUUACUGGAACAGAAGCAAUGGCGCCGACCAUUUCAUGCUUUCAUGUCACGAUUGGGCACCAGAUGUCUCAAAUGCAAAUCCUGAACUCUUCAAGAACUUCAUGAGGGUCCUCUGCAAUGCCAACACCUCGGAAGGAUUCCGGCCAAUAAGAGAUGUCUCACUACCUGAAAUUCACUUACCGGUCGGAACGCUCGGUGCAGCCCUCCAAGGCAACGCACCAAGCAACCGCUCGAUUCUCGCCUUCUUCGCUGGCCGGGAGCACGGAGACAUUCGGAAAAUCUUGCUGGAGCAUUGGAAGGACAAAGAUAUCGAUAUACAAGUCCAUGAGUAUCGCCCUAAAGGACCAAAUUACAUCAAAACAAUGGGGCAGACAAAGUAUUGCUUGUGCCCUAGUGGGUUUGAAGUGGCAAGCCCCAGAGUAGCGGAAGCAAUUUACAUGGGAUGUGUGCCGGUGAUCAUCUCUGAUGGCUAUCAUUUACCCUUUAGUGAUGUCCUUAAUUGGAACCAGUUUUCUGUACAAAUUCCCGUGGAGAGGAUACCAGAAAUCAAGAUAAUCUUACAAGGGAUUCCCUAUGAGAAGUACUCGAAAAUGCAGAAAAAGGUAUUGAAAGUGCAAAGGCAUUUUGUGCUUAAUCGGCCUGCUAAGCCAUUUGAUGUCAUUCACAUGGUGCUUCACUCGGUGUGGCUGAGGAGACUUAAUUUCGCACUUCCAACUUCAUAAGCCAAGGAGCCAUAAUUUUAACAUUUUUAUUUUACAACUAUCUUACAAUAUUGAUGUGACAGUCUUAACCAAUCUUUUAAUUUUUUUUUUUUUUACGAGAAUUGAUUCAAAGAUUGGUUAUUAAUUAGAACUAUCACGUCAGUAUUAUGACAUAAUUGAAAAAUAAAAAUAAUUUCUAGUAUUACUCUAAUCUUUAGCUAGAGUAGCAACUUGACCACAUCAAUCAGCCAUGUAAUAUUUUGUUUUUUGAGUGAAUUUUUGUAAUUUCUGUCCCACAUGUUACCCCAUAAGCCACCCUUAAUUAAAAUCUCUCUCCAAAUGCAAAUGUUUUAGAACAACAUAUUUG